AUGACAAAUAAGUCACAAACACCACUUCUUAUGAAUGAUAACUUAACCCAGAAUAGUUCUAAUCAAUACGAUGAUGAUGAUGAUGAUGAUGAUGAUGAUGAUGAUGAUGAUGAUGAUGAUGAUGAUGAUGAUGAUGAUGAUGAUGAUGAUGAUGAUGAUGAUGAUGAUGAUGAUGAUGAUGAUGAUGAUGAUGAUGAUGAUGAUGAUGAUGAUGAUGAUGAUGAUGAUGAUGAUGAUGAUGAUGAUGAUGAUGAUUGGGAUGAUGAUGAUGAUGAUGAGAUGAUUGGGAUGAUGAUGAUGAUGAUGAUGAUGAUGAUGAUGAUGAUGAUGAUGAUGAUGAUGAUGAUGAUGAUGAUGAUGAGAUGA